GAUACAGUUGUGUAUAAAAUAGAGAAAAUGGCGACUGACAUCGAGGAAUCGGAUACUGACGAUCACGAAAGGCCAGCUCCUCCGAAACGGCAAUGUACACGACUUAAAGGCAACGAGACGAUUUGGGAUAUGGAAAAGAAUUCAAUAGGAAAAGAAGAGAUGAUGGUACAAGAAACAGAAAAUGUAGAAUAUGACGAUGCAGAGAGACAAGCAAGGGAAAAAUUGAAAAGAUGGCAAGCUUGUCAGGUGGCUAAAGGAUAUGUGGAUAAUACCAUUAAUGUAGUAUUAGAGAAUUACAUUAUGGUAACUUCAUCCUCUUAUUCCGUGGAGGAGUCCAGAUUUCAGUUGUUUAGAGGAAACGAUAUGGAAGACACUGCAGUUAUGAUGGCAAUUCGUAAUCAUGGUCUAGUACAGUCUGCAGGACUUGUUUCUCAAUCCAAUGCUUUUUACAGUGACAAAGCUCCAGGGUAUUGGACCAAUAAUGAAUACACUGAUGUGCACUGUUCCUGCCCCUCUAAUCGCAUACAAAAUGUUGGAAAUUUUGAAAACUCUGUAGCUACUACAUCAGCAAAUUCAUUAAGAUUGAAUGAUUCAAAAAGCACAGAGGAAUAUAAUAGGCUUGAUUGGGAUUUGGAUAAAAUUGACGAGAAUGACCAACAAGAGAAUUUUUUAGAAAGAGCUGUGGCAGAAGCUAUAAAGAAGAAAGGGCUGAGUGCUUUAAGCGUUGACUAUGGUUGAGCAAACUAAAUAUUCCAUCUUAAUAUAUGAUUAUACAAUAGCAUUACAUAUACCCUUUUAUCUUUGCAAAUCUAUUUUGAUUUGUAUGGAAUACUGCAUAGAUGACAUUCAUCAGAAGUUUUGCAAGUAAUUGUAUUCCAUUGAGACAAGAAAUUUUUAUGAUUAUCUAUUUCUUUAUUUGUCACAGACAAAUAUAUAUAUAUAUCUCUAGUUAUGCAUAGAAAUGUACCAUAUAUAUUCUAGAUCGAAAUAUUUUUGACGAGAAAUUAGAUUUCAUUAAUAUAUGAAAAGAUGUAGUACAAAGUUUUGUUCACGAUUAAUUGAACUGCAUAAAAUCAAAACUUUAUUCAUAUUUGAUUUGUUAAAAAAACAGUUUUAACAAUCUUAAAGGCUUGAAUCUAAAUAUUCCAAAUAUGUACAAUAAUUUUCUAACAUCGAUUGAUAGUUGUUAAUUAUUGUUAAAAUUCAAAGGUACUAAUUCAUUCCAUACAGUAUUGCUUCUAUCCAUUCCUAAAGACGAUUUAUUAUAUCUUUUUGUAAAUUGUAAUUCCUUAAGUGAUAUACAUAAAACAUGUUUGUUUUAUAAAAUUAGUAUUACAGGUUUUAGAAAGAAGAGUGAAUUUAUUGUACGUAAGAGUAUUACAAAUGCUUUCUUCUGACUUUUUCGUUUUGUAUACGAAGGCCUUCAUGAUAUGUAUGUAUUUCAUCAUCUGUAAAUAGAUUGUUACGUACGAGACGUAUAAAUAAAAUUUUCAUCCUCACGUUAUACGACGGUACGUAUCUCUCCAGCAGAGCAUGUAAUGUGUCCUCUAUCGGUACACACGAUUCGUAUUUCUAGCACUUAUGAAUAAAGAGGUGUAAACGCA